AUGUUACCCCUAAAAGUCCCUUCACGGUCGCAACGUGCCCUUGCUAUUUCUCCUUUCAUCCCAAAGCGACCUUCCUCCUCGAAGAGGUGGCAAACACGUCAACUUAAAGAUCAUUUUACAAGAGAGGCAACAGUCCAAGGGCUGAAAAGUCGAGCUGCCUUUAAACUUAUUCAGAUAGAUGCGAAAUAUCGCAUUUUCUGUGACGGGCAGACUGUUGUCGAUUUGGGGUAUGCGCCGGGUUCGUGGUCUCAGGUGGCAGUCAGUCGCACUGGGCCAAAUGGUCGCGUCCUUGGCGUUGAUAUCAUUCCUGCUCAGCCACCAAAGGGUGUAUCUACGAUUCAAGGAAACUUUUUGGAUCCUAGCAUCCAGGCCUAUGUCCAGGAUUUAUUGCAUGAUCCAACAAGGGACCAGCGGCACCGCCCAGGCAUAAACCCACAUAUUGGCCUGAGCCAUGAGGCGUCUGAAUUGGAUGGGGAUAGGAAAAACCCCGUCCACAACGAAGAGAUGGAAGAUCAUUGCCUGACUGGUAAAAGAACCGUGGACGUGGUUCUAAGUGAUAUGUCUGUCCCCUGGUAUCAAACCUCUGGAUUCUGGAAGAGAAGUCUAAGUGAUUCGUACAACAGGAUGAUGAAUACUAGUGGCAUGAGUUUCAGAGAUCAUGCGGGAAGCAUGGACCUCUGCCGAGCUGCGCUACAGUUUAGUUUCGAGGUCUUGAAGGCAGGUGGCCACUUUGUUUGCAAGUUCUACCAGGGAGCCGAAGACAAAGAUUUGGAGAAGCAGCUCAAGCGGCUGUUCCAGAAAGUACAUAGACUUAAACCAGAGUCUUCACGUAAUGAAUCUAAGGAAGCCUAUUUCAUUGGUCUUGCACGCAAACAACAUGCAAUGAGGCAUGAAGUGCUCGCGUCUCCUUGA